AAUUUGACAUAAGAUGAUGGUAAAUAUACGCGGUCUCGAUCUCCAUGAUCACGAUUCACAAAAAGGUAAAAACUUAAGCAAAAGCAAACAACAAUGGCGAACCCAGAGGGUAGUAGCAGAGGUUCAAGAUGGUCACUUAAGGGAAUCACUGCUCUCGUUACUGGAGGCACACGUGGAAUCGGGCAUGCUGUGGUGGAGGAACUGGCGGAGUUUGGUGCCACGGUGUACACUUGUUCCAGGAAUGAAGAGGAGCUGAAUGCACGCUUGAAGGAAUGGAAAGAGAAAGGGUUUUUAGUUUCUGGGUCGGUUUGUGAUGUGACUUCCCCAGCCCAAAGAGAGAACCUCAUUAAGCAAGUGGACUCUGCCUUCAACGGCAAGCUCAACAUACUUGUAAACAAUGUGGGAACAACUGUGAGGAAACCAACAAUAGAGUAUAGUAGUGAAGAUUAUUCAAAAUUGAUGGCAAUUAACUUGGACUCUGCAUACCAUCUGAGCCAACUUGCAUAUCCUCUUCUUAAAGCAUCUGGCAAUGGAAGUAUUGUGUUCAUUUCCUCUGUUGCAGGUCAGACAAGUGCAGCUUCUGGAGCCAUUUAUGCAGCAAAUAAAGCUGCAAUUGAUCAGCUUUCUAGAUAUCUUGCUUGUGAAUGGGCGAAUGACAAUAUAAGGAGCAACAGUGUUGCACCCUGGUAUACCAACACAUCAAUUCAUACGCAGUUGCUUGCAAAUAAGGAAAUUGUUAACGAGAUAAUAUCUCGAACGCCAAUAAAGCGAAUUGCAGAAGCACAUGAAGUGUCAUCUUUGGUGACUUUCCUUUGCUUGCCAGCAGCUUCUUACAUUACUGGACAAGUUAUUUGUGUUGAUGGAGGAUUUACUGUGUAUGGAUUUCAGCCCAGCAUGAGAAUUAAUUGAAAGAAAAAUGGAUGAUUUUUAUUAUUGUUAGAUUAUGCGAAGAAAGUGAUUGCUUGAGUUUUGGACCACCUAUGAUCAAUAUAUUUUAUGUAAUAUAUAUGUAGAGAGUUUAUAAUAUUAUUAAUUACAUAAUUAUAUUUAAGGGAAA